AUGCUUCCGUUGUCAAGACUGCGUUGCGCUCUCUUGACGACAAAAGACCGGUUCGUCGACCAUCCGGGACUUGGUGAGUCGGCCAGAAAAGCCAAGCUUGUCUGGCGUCAAACGGCUGUUGGGCAAUUUGUGUCCCGACAGGGCGAUGAGCAGACGAUCCGGCGGAACAAGCACAGACUGGAGCUAAUUUGCAACAGCAUCAUCAUCAGUAUCGUCAUUUUCUUCCUUUCUCUCAUGCUCACUCCGAUCCACCUCCUCUGCCUACACUUCCUCAUCAUAUAA